UCCGACGGGUGGGGUGGACGUGUCCCGCCCACCCUUAGGGGGCGGAGUGGGCGGAGGUAGGUUUGAGGUUGCUCCUCCCCGGGAGGCUGGUCGGCUGUAGCAGGCGGCUCAAAUACAGCGCCGCGGGAGGAAGGUGGAGAGCGGUGCCAGGCUGAGGUUGGAAGGCAGUCUGCAAGAUGAGCCGGGCGCCUGCGUUCCUGAGCGCGGCCGAGGUGCAGGACCACCUGCGCAGCUCCAGCCUCCUCAUCCCGCCUCUGGAGGCGGCUCUGGCCAACUUCUCCAGCGGCCUGGAUGGAGGCGUCGUGCAGCCCGUGCGCACCGUGGUGCCGGUGUCCAAGCACAGGGGCUUCCUGGGCGUCAUGCCUGUCUACAGUGCAGCGGAGGAUGCCCUGACCACCAAGCUGGUCACCUUCUAUGAGGGCCACAACACCAGCUCGGCUGUCCCCUCCCACCAGGCCAUUGUGUUACUCUUUGAGCCCAGCAAUGGCUCCCUGCUGGCGGUCAUGGAUGGAAAUGUCAUAACUGCCAAAAGAACAGCUGCGGUAUCUGCCAUUGCCACCAAGUUUUUGAAACCUCCUGGCAGUGAUGUGCUGUGCAUCCUUGGGGCUGGUGUCCAGGCCUACAGCCACUAUGAGAUCUUCACAGAGCAGUUCCCCUUUAAGGAGGUGAGAAUAUGGAACCACACCAAAGAAAAUGCAGAGAAGUUUGCAAAUACAGUACAAGGAAAGGUACGGGUCUGUUCGUCAGUGCAAGAGGCUGUGACGGGCGCUGAUGUGAUUAUCACAGUCACCAUGGCAACAGAGCCCAUUUUAUUUGGUGAAUGGGUGAAGCCAGGGGCCCACAUCAAUGCGGUUGGAGCCAGCAGACCCGACUGGCGAGAAUUGGAUGACGAGCUCAUGAAGCAGGCAGUGCUGUAUGUGGAUUCCCGAGAGGCUGCUCUCAAAGAAUCAGGAGAUGUGCUGUUGUCAGGGGCUGAGAUCUUCGCUGAGCUGGGAGAAGUGAUCAAUGGAGUGAAGUCAGCCCACUGUGAGAAGACCACAGUGUUCAAGUCUUUGGGGAUGGCAGUGGAAGACAUGGUUGCAGCCAAACUAAUAUACGAUUCCUGGUCAUCUGGUAAAUGAAACAAAGAAGCUCUGUGUUGAGAUGGAUACUGCAGUAUUUCCAGAUUAAAUGAGAGAGCCCAGGCCCCAGUGAACUAUAAUUUUGUGCUCUUCAUGUCGUGCUUUAAACACUGAGUUCAUGUCUGUAGGUGGAACCCAAAACCUGAUACCUAUUUCUUCUGUUAUACCAGGUUGUAUUUGCAUUCUCUCCAUUGGUGUUCCACUAACUUUGGAUUUCCCUGAGAUAAAGCUUUUCCAAUUCUGCA